UUCAGUUGGCUUUCUGCAGCGAUUCGUGCUGCAAGCGUGCGGUCGGUUCGGUAUAACAACAUUCAGGCAACGGAGAAGGGAUUAAAAGGAUAACCAAGAACUGUUUUGUGGAUUUACAAUUCUUACAGAGCAAAGCUGAUAGACUAUAAUAUCCUGUGAGUGUCCUACGGAGUGAAUCAAUAUGUAUUUGCCGUACUCGCAAUUGCCGGAUCCGACGGAUAAAUUCGAGAUCUACGAGGAGAUUGCACAGGGUGUCAAUGCCAAGGUCUUUCGAGCCAAAGAGCUGGACAAUGAUCGCAUUGUAGCAUUGAAAAUACAGCAUUACGAUGAAGAUCAUCAGGUGUCCAUCGAGGAGGAGUAUCGCACGUUGCGCGACUAUUGCGCACAUCCCAAUCUGCCCGAAUUCUAUGGCGUCUACAAGCUAUCGAAGCCCAAUGGACCCGACGAGAUCUGGUUUGUCAUGGAGUACUGCUCUGGCGGCACUGCCGUGGACAUGGUCAAUCGACUAUUAAAGCUAGAUCGGCGCAUGCGAGAGGAGCACAUCGCCUACAUUAUUCGCGAGAUUUGUCGUGCUGCCAUUGAGUUGAAUCGCAAUCAUGUGCUGCAUCGUGACAUACGCGGCGAUAACAUACUGCUGACUAAGAAUGGACGCGUCAAGCUCUGCGACUUUGGACUCUCACGGCAGGUGGACUCGACGCUGGGCAAGCGAGGCACCUGCAUUGGUUCACCCUGUUGGAUGGCACCCGAGGUGGUGGCCGCCAUGGAGUCCCGUGAACCGGACAUUACGGUGCGCGCCGAUGUCUGGGCCUUAGGUAUAACCACCAUUGAGCUGGCCGAUGGCAAACCCCCGUUUGCGGACAUGCAUCCGACAAGAGCCAUGUUCGCCAUUGUGCGCAAUCCGCCGCCCACUUUGACACGCCCCACAAACUGGUCGCAGCAGAUCAAUGACUUUAUUUCCGAGUGCCUGGAGAAGAAUGCCGAGAAUCGUCCGAUGAUGGUGGAAAUGGUGGAACAUCCCUUCCUCACCGAACUCAUUGAGAACGAAGACGAAAUGCGUUCGGAUUUGUCUGAAAUGCUGGAGUUGGCUCGGGAUGUGAAGACGCUGUACAAGGAGCCCGAAUUGUUUGUGGAUCGCGGCUACAUUAAACGCUUCGAGGAGAAACCGGAACGCAUGUAUCCCGAGGAUUUGGCAGCGCUGGAGAAUCCAGUCGAUGAGAGUGUGCUCGACUCGCUGCGCAAUCGCAUGGAGAUGGGCGAAUCGUAUAGCUUUAUUGGUGACAUUUUGCUCUCGCUCAACUCCAACGAGAUCAAGGAGGAGUUUAGCUCUGAGUUUCAUGACAAGUACAGAUUCAAAUCGCGUUCAGAGAACCAGCCGCACAUCUUUUCAGUGGCAGACAUUGCCUACCAGGACAUGCUGCAUCAUCGCGAGCCACAGCAUGUCGUCUUCUCCGGCGAGAGCUAUGCUGGCAAAUCGACCAAUGCCCGAUUACUGAUCAAGCAUCUGUGCUAUCUGGGCGAUGGCAAUCGUGGCGCCACCGGACGAGUCGAGAGCUCCAUUAAGGCCAUCCUGAUGUUGGUAAACGCCGGCACACCAGUCAACAACGACUCCACACGCUGUGUGCUGCAGUAUUGUCUGACCUUUGGCAAGACGGGCAAGAUGAGCGGCGCCGUCUUCAAUAUGUACAUGCUGGAAAAGCUGCGCGUGGCCACCACCGAUGGCAGUCAGCAUAAUUUCCACAUUUUUUACUACUUCUAUGACUUCAUCAAUCAGCAGAAUCAACUGAAGGAAUACAAUCUGAAGACGGAUCGCAAUUAUCGCUAUCUGCGUAUUCCUCCAGAUGUGCCACCAUCCAAACUCAAGUAUCGUCGCGAUGAUCCCGAAGGCAAUGUGGAGCGUUUCAGGGAGUUUGAGAACAUAUUACGCGAUCUGGACUUUAAUCACAAGCAAUUAGAAACGGUCCGCAAAGUUCUCUCGGCCAUUCUCAAUAUUGGCAACAUUCGCUUCCGUCAAUCAGGCAAAUAUGCCGAGGUCGAGAACACGGAUAUUGUAUCGCGUAUUGCGGAUUUGUUGCGCGUGGAUGAAAAGAAAUUCAUGUGGUCACUGACCAACUUCAUCAUGGUCAAGGGCGGCAUUGCCGAGCGACGUCAGUACACCACCGAGGAGGCUAGAGAUGCUCGCGAUGCGGUGGCGUCGACCAUUUAUUCGCGUCUCGUUGACUUUAUCAUCAAUCGCAUCAACAUGAACAUGUCCUUCCCACGCGCCGUCUUUGGCGACACCAAUGCCAUUAUUGUCCAUGACAUGUAUGGCUUCGAGUGCUUCCAUCGCAAUGGGCUCGAGCAGUUGAUCAUCAAUACGCUGAAUGAACAGAUGCAGUAUCAUUAUAAUCAACGCAUCUUCAUCAGCGAAAUGCUUGAAAUGGAAGCGGAGGAUAUUGAUACCAUCAAUCUCAAUUUUUACGACAACAAGACGGCGCUCGACAAUCUGCUGACCAAGCCCGAUGGGCUCUUUUACAUUAUUGACGAUGCGUCGCGUUCCUGCCAGGAUCAGGACUUGAUUAUGGAUCGCGUGUCGGAAAAGCACAGCCAGUUUGUGAAGAAGCACACUGCCACGGAGAUAUCGGUGGCCCAUUAUACGGGCCGCAUCAUCUAUGAUACGCGCGCCUUCACCGACAUCAAUCGCGACUUUGUGCCGCCCGAGAUGAUCGAAACGUUCCGCUCCUCGCUGGACGAGAGCAUCAUGCUCAUGUUUACCAAUCAACUGACCAAGGCUGGCAAUCUAACCAUGCCCUUCGAGGCCGUUCAACACAAGGACGAAACUGAACGCAAAUCCUACAACUUGAAUACACUGAGUGCUGGCUGCAUCUCGCAGGUGAAUAAUCUCCGCACCAUGGCCGCCAAUUUCCGUUACACCUGCCUUUCGCUGCUCAAAAUGCUUAGCCAGAAUGCAAAUCUUGGCGUGCAUUUUGUACGCUGCAUUCGCGCUGAUCUGGAGUACAAGCCGCGUGCCUUCCACUCCGAUGUUGUGCAGCAGCAGAUGAAAGCGCUGGGUGUGCUGGACACGGUCAUCGCACGGCAACGUGGCUACUCAACACGGCUUCCCUUCGAGGAGUUCCUGAAGCGAUAUCAGUUCUUAGCCUUUGACUUCGAUGAACCUGUCGAGAUGACUAAGGACAAUUGCCGACUGCUCUUCUUGCGCUUAAAAAUGGAAGGUUGGGCGUUGGGCAAGAACAAGGUCUUUCUACGCUACUACAACGAUGAAUAUCUAGCUAGGCAAUAUGAGCUGCAGGUGAAGAAGGUCAUCAAGGUGCAGUCCAUGAUGCGGGCGCUGCUCGCCCGCAAACGCGUCAAGGGUGGCAAAGUGUUCAAACUGGGCAAAAAAGGACAGGCAGCAGGACAACAUGACGAGGCCGCUUGUAAAAUACAAAAAGCUUUUCGUGGCUUCCGUGAACGCGUACGCUUGCCCCCGCUGGUGAAUGAGAAAUCCGGUCAGCUGAACGAGAACACCGCGGACUUUAUACGUCCCUUUGCCAAGAAGUGGCGUGAGAAGUCCAUCUUCCAGGUGCUUCUGCACUAUCGUGCCGCACGCUUUCAGGAUUUCGUCAAUCUCUCGCAACAGGUUCACAUCUACAAUCAACGCAUGGUCGCUGGCCUCAACAAGUGCACUCGGGCCGUGCCCUUUGAGCGCAUCAAUAUGCGUGAGGUGAACUCCUCUCAGCUGGGACCGCUGCCCGUGCCCAUCAAGAAGAUGCCCUUCCGCCUGGAUCAAAUUCCCUUCUACGAUACACAAUAUAUGGUUGAUCCAGCUAACUCUAUAUCGCGUCAAACAUUCCCCAAUCAUUUGCUGCAGCAGCAAUUCGAGGAGGACGAACCCUGGGACAGUCCAUUACAACGUAAUCCCUCGAUGACGUCGUGUCUGCUCACCUACAAUGCGUAUAAGAAGGAGCAGGCUUGUCAGACCAACUGGGAUCGUAUGGGUGAAAGCGAUAACAUCUACAAUCAAAGCUUCUUUCGCGAUCCACAGCAGCUGAGAAGAAAUCAAAUGCAACGCAAUAUGAAUGCGUACAACAAUGCUUACAACAGCUACAAUAGCAACUAUCAGAGCAACAACAACAAUUGGGGAGUGCAUCGUUCCGGAUCACGUCGCAACUCGCUUAAGGGCUACGCGGCGCCACCGCCGCCACCACCGCCAAUGCCCUCAUCGAACUAUUACAAUCGCAAUAAUCCCAGUCAGCAGCAGCGCAACUAUCAACAACGCUCCUCGUAUCCACCCAGCGAUCCGGUGCGUGAACUGCAAAACAUGGCGCGACAUGAAGGCGAUAGUUCGGAGGAUGCUCCAUUCAAUUUCAAGGCCAUGCUACGUAAGACAAACUAUCCACGCGGCUCCGAGACGAGCACUUAUGAUUUCCACAAUCGCCACGACGCGGACCACGAUCAGCAUCAGCACACAUUCCAGGCGCCGAAGUUGCGUUCCACGGGGCGUCGCUUCGACGAUGAUGAUCAGCAAAACGGUGGCAGUGGUGGCAACUAUGGUGUGGCACGCAACUUUGGCCAGCGGGCACCGCCAUUGCAUCAGAUGCCGGCGAGCGUGGGACGCAGCUUUGAGGAUAACAGCAAUGCACGUUCCUUCGAGGAGGCUGGCUCCUAUGUGGAGGAGGAAAUUGCACCUGGCGUCACACUCUCCGGUUAUGCUGUGGACAUUUAAUGUGCCACAUCGAUAAAAUCGAAUUGUUAUUUGUUGCGGAUCCCACCACAUCAUUAAAGUGCCUUAAACACUAAGUAAUUUAAUCAUACAUAAUCAAUUAGCUUAACAAUUGUAGCGUAAUAAAUUUGAGUUCAGCAAUAAACAAUAGAUGCGAUUUAUUUAAGACGCGGAGAAAGUAAAGUGAAAAUUUACGAGUAAUACAGUUUACAUUAAAUUGCUUUUGGAAAAGA